AUGGUUAUCGUUUUCCAGAUCAAGGCAAGAUUGCCACGGGACAACAAAAAAGGGACAUUCUUCAAUGGCGAUCUCUCCUUUGGAGCUUACCAGCUGGAAAAGCACGGAUACAUAAACGACAACAUGAUUGUCGCAAUUCUCUCCCAUGGAUGGGUCGUUCUUGACUUUUUCGUGGAUGAGGACUGGUUCCUGUACACCCUUGACGGCAUGUACGAAUCCUUCGCCUUUUAUAACAUUUACGGUUUCUCUGCCAUGAUGCCGGCUCUCUGGACGCUGCAAACUCAGUACCUCGCCCUCCAACCAAGAGAAGUCUCCAGGCCGACUCUUAUAGCAUGCAUUAUUCUCUUCAUAGCUGGCUGGCUUCUACGAUAUUCUGUCCUGCAAUAA